ACGUCUUUAUUCGAGGUUGAACAACUUGAGACGGUCCCUCCAGACUGUCCUUUGCCCCGGUUUAUGAUCAUCACAAGUGUUGUUGCAAUGCUGUGUACAGUAAGAGCGACUCAGAAGAUCGUUCAGAGACUCACCACCGGACUCAGACUUUCAGACUCACUACAGAUUCGCACCAUGGCUUCGUGUCAAACUGCGCACAGAGUCCCUGCUACACUUUUGGGCUCGAUGGCGUUCGGGGGGCGCGCAGACGCGGGCACGAGCACGAGGAUGGUGCAGGAGUUCCUGAAGCGUGGUCACGAUGAGCUGGACACCGCGUUCAUGUACACAGACGGUCAGGCCGAGACCAUCAUAGGAGAAAUGAAACUUCCAAACACUGUUAAAAUAGCCACCAAAGCAAACCCGUGGGACGGAAAGACAUUGAAGCCAGACAGUGUUCGCUCUCAGCUGGACAUCUCUCUGAAGAGACUGCAAACUCAGAGCGUCAACAUCUUCUAUCUACACGCUCCCGAUCACCAGAACCCCAUCCAUGAUACACUACGAGCCUGCGACCAGCUGCACAAAGAGUGGAAGUUCAAGGAGCUCGGUUUAUCAAACUACGCCUCCUGGGAAGUGGCUGAAAUCUACUGCAUCUGCAAACACAACAACUGGGUUCUGCCCACAGUUUAUCAGGGAAUGUACAAUGCUAACACACGUCAAGUGGAGACAGAACUGUUGCCAUGUCUACGCUAUUAUGGCAUCUGUUUUUAUGCAUACAACCCUCUGGCAGGAGGUUUGCUGACUGGGAAGUACCAUUAUGAAGACAAAGAUGGGAGCCAACCUGCAGGACGCUUUUUUGGGAAUAACUGGGCAGCUGCUUACAGAGACAGGUACUGGAAGGAGAGCCAUUUCCAGGCUGUAGAUGGUGUUUUGAAGGCCCUGAAUACAGCAUAUGGUUCUGAGAAGCCAAGCUUAACAUCAGCCGCUAUACGAUGGUUGUAUCAUCACUCUCAGCUGAAGGGUGAGCUGGGCGAUGGUGUGAUCAUCGGGAUGUCCACCAUGGAGCAGCUUCAGGAAAACCUAGCAGCUGUUAAUGAAGGUCCUUUAAAGCAGGAAGUUGUGGACGCCUUUAAAUGUGGUUGGAACCUGGUAGCUCACGAUUGUCCAAACUACUUUCGUUAAACCUUGGCUGCAUUCAAAGAAAGAUACAAACCAGCUUCAUUUAAACGAAAAUGAUGUAAAAGUUGAUUUCUAAA